UCUUUCUUCAAAAGAAAAAUGAGUUUAUAUAUGUUUCUAACUUCUUCUUCUAAACCUUAAUUGGCUGCUCAUCACUCUCUCUCUCUAAAACUCUCACUCUUUCUCUCUCUAACUGUGUCUCCCAUGGCGGCAAAGAGAGCUACUUUGCUCUCUUCUCUCCCUCUCUUUCUCAUUCUCAUUCUCUUCUCUCUCUUUCUCUCCCAUUUACAACUUCUCACUGCUACAGAUUCCCACUUCGAAGGUUUCGAAGCCGAUGAAGAAGAAGAAGACUCAUCUCUCAUUCCCGAUUCCCUCCCUCGUUCUCCUCCACUGACUCAAUCUCACCUCGAACCCGACCCGAUUCCAGAUCCAGCUCCAUCCGAUCAGAAUCCGGAUCCAAAUCAACCCUCCGAUCUUCCUCCUCCUCCGACUACUACUAAGCCUUCUUCUACUAACUUCGAGUAUUGGGAUGAAGACGAAUUCGAAGGACUUCCAAUCGAACAACCGCCGCCUCAGGAGGAAGAGACUCCUAAGAGUACGGAGCAACAACAACAAGGUACAAUUUCCGAUCCCAAAGCAUCGGAGAGUCCUAAGACGAGUUCUGUUAAUACUGGUCCGAAGUAUUAUACGAUUGAGAUUGUUUGCGGAAGCUUUUUGAUUGUGUUUUUGAUUAAUUAUUUUACUGGUAAACGUGAGAAUGAGAACAUCGCUCUUUCUUGGGCUGGUAAAUUUGCUGUUAAGGAUUCGAUUUUCGAUAAGAAUUUCAGUCUUCUUGGAAUCAGUGAAGGUGAUGAUUCGCCUUUGUUGCUUAAAGAAGGUCAGAAUGUGUUUAAAUUCUACGCUAGUGGAAGGAGGUAUUGUCAGGGGCUUUUGGCUACGAUGGAAUUGAAGAGUAGACAUGAUUUGAUUGCUAGGAUUUAUAACAUGGUUGUUCCUUGUAAGGAUGAGAUUACUUUCGAGGUUUAUAUGAAUGAUGAUGCUAUGGAUCAUGUGAUUUUCGCUUUGGCUAAGAAGAAGGCGGCCAAAACUAUGCAGAAGGAAGUUAGAGAUUUGCAGAGGUUUGCUAGUGUUGUUUCUCCUCCUAAUGGGAGAAAAUGGGUUGCUGAUGAAUUGAGUGUUAUUUCUGAGUCUAAAGAAGUUGCUUGUGAUUUGAUCACCGAUACAGUUCUUGAUCAGGUAUUUGGCGAGAAAGCUUUCGAGAAAUAUGGAAAGGGCUUCAUCUCAAUGCAUUUUUCAGAUCAACACUUAGGCACAACCAAGAAGAUGCUGCUGUUCAAGUUUGCCCUCCCAAAAGUUGAAGACAUGGGUGAUAUGACUAAUCUGGUGGCUUUGGUAACCUAUUAUAUCGAUCUGAUCGGAAGAUACAAGCUUAGCUCACAGGCUCGGUCUAAAACCGAUGCAAUAAGAGCAAAAAUAGCUCAAGAGGAGUACAAAGAACAUCAGAAUGCUAGGCAAGAAGCAUUGCAGAGAAAGAAAGCCGAGAGGAGAAAACUAAUGGAAGAAGCCGAGGCCAAACUCAGCGCAGAAGCCAUUAGAAAGAAAGAAGCAAAACGUCAGGCGAAGAAGUCCAUGCCUAGAGUUAAGAUGACCCGCGGUCACUAGGAGUUACUCAUGAGUUAGUUACUGAGAUGUCAAAAUGGAACUUUGAUUAAUUUGUGUUAGUUAUUUCUUUUUAAUUUUCUGGUAUUGUUAUAGUUUUGGAUCAUAAUUUUUUUGGUCACAUCUCAUCACGGCCUUUUGUACUUUAUGUUGCACUACUUUAUUUAGUAGUUUCUAACUUAUGAAGUACCAAAAUCAAAAUGCCUGCUUUUCUUUUUUCUUUAUUUAAUCCAUAAAUUAUAAAUAAGAGGAGCUCUUUUAUUUUCAA